AUGGCUGAUUUGGGUUGUACUGAUAUAUUAAUUUUUCAUGAUGACGAGAUGAAGCCCAAGAAGAAGUCUACACGUAUUUUGGAGGAGCUAGAGGAACAUAUGACAAGUGAGGGGAUGGAAAAGGAGUUCCAAAAGCAUAUGAAAAUGAAGUCCAGCUCAUCAGUUGAUGAUGCACGAUUUCGUGGCAACGAAAAGAUGCGUGAACUGGCAGACGAUAUGCCAUUUUGUGACAACAUGACAAAUAUCAAUGGCGAUUCUCCGCUUCAUGUUGCUGCAAGAGCUAAGAAUCUUGUCGCGGUUAGGAAAAUUCUGGACUUGGAUAAGCACUUCAAGACAUCUGAAGAGGAGGCUGAACCUAUGGACAAAGUGGAGCUUAUAAUUAAUCUGAACAUAAGCAAAGUGGUCUGGCCUCUUAUUGGACUUAGAAGUAUCAUUAUGGUUGUAAAUCGCCAAUGUGCUAAAGUUAUCUCUCUUAUUGGUCUUGACCAACUUUGGGUCUCUGUUGAACUUGGAUUAUGUGAGAUGAUGAGCAGAGAAGCGAUCAGUCCUGCACUGGCUCCUAAGGAUGGUAAUUGGGGUUUUGAUAUCGCAGAGCGUGAAGCAAUUCUCCCAGCUGGAACAGUGGAUAAGAAUGCAAAAAGGAUGUAUAAAGAGUUGCCCAAAUGGGAAGAGCCAGUUUUGGGUACAAGAGCUAGAUAUGAGCAAGUGAUUAAUGACCUUGCAGAUAAUUAUCAUACCGAGAACUUGCUGCUUGUCACACAUGGGGAAGGAAUUGGAGUGGCUCUUGCUGCUCUCUUAAAGAAUGCCAUAGUAUAUGAAGUAGACUAUUGCGCAUAUGUAGAGCUUAAACGACCCAUUUUCAAGGAAGAUCAAUCUUUUACUGCUGGAGAGUUUGAAGUGCUUACUCGUUCUGGUCAAACCGGCAUUGGUUUUAUCCACCCGAGUGCUUAAACCAUUGACGCCAGCAAAACAUGAUAGUUAGGAAGCAUAGAUUGGGACUGGAACCACACUUCAUGUCUGUGGAUAAAAUCUUCCUCAUAGUCAGACUAGGAAUUCAAAAUAUCGAAGGAGGAGGCAUUUCCCCAGUUUGUUCACAGUGAGUUAAGCAUAAACUUUGCUGAUUGAUUCCUGCGUUGUUGCAAAAGUAAAAUUUGUCUAUCCUGUGCUGCUGUAAGCCGAAAUAGGAUUACCCCUCCUUGGAUUUGUAUUUGAAUUUUUUCUACCAGAUAAGGUUUUGCAGAACUAACUCCAGACUUGA